CCGGGGAUGGGGCUGAGUCAGGUGAUAUCACAAUGGGCAGUGCCCAUGCUGGAGGGGACAUCAGUGUGGGGUGGGAGCAGGAAGGCUGUUGGGGAAGGAAGCUGAGAGAUCCUCUGCAGGAGGGUAUUACAGCAGCUAGGAGCACCUGCCAGGCUGGAGGUGUGGGUUAUCUAGGGGAAGGGUGGUCACUGAUGUCCAGCAGGAGCCCUUGACAGGUAGAGCCCAUCACAGCAUCUCCAAGACCACACCAUGUUCCUGUUCUCCCAUAAGACCAAGACCCCUAUCAGUACCUACAGUGACUCCUACAGGGCUCCCACCUCCAUCAAGGAGGUCUAUAAGGACCCACCUCUAUGUGCCUGGGAAGCCAACAAGUUUCUGACUCCGGGUCUGACUCAUACCAUGGAGCGACAUGUGGAUCCCGAAGCCCUGCAGAAGAUGGCCAAAUGUGCUGUACAGGACUACACUUAUAGGGGGUCCAUAUCAGGCCACCCCUACUUGCCUGAGAAGUACUGGCUUUCUCAAGAGGAAGACAAAUGCAGCCCAAACUACCUGGGCAGUGACCGGUACAACACAUGGAGGAUGGAACCUUACAACAGCAGCUGCUGUAACAAGUAUACCACCUACCUUCCUCGGCUGCCUAAGGAGGCCGGCAUGGAGACAGCAGUUCGAGGAAUGCCCUUGGAAUGCCCUCCUAAGCCGGAGCGGCUCAAUGCCUACGAGCGCGAAGUGAUGGUGAACAUGCUGAACUCACUGUCGCGGAACCAGCAGCUGCCGCGGAUCACGCCCCGAUGCGGGUGCGUGGACCCGCUGCCCGGCCGCUUGCCCUUCCAAGGUUACGAAAGUGCUUGCUCGGGCCGCCACUACUGUCUGCGUGGGAUGGACUACUACGCCAGCGGGGCGCCCUGCACCGACCGCCGCCUGCGGCCUUGGUGCCGAGAGCUACCGACUUUGUGUACCUCCCUACGAGCACCGGCCCGGAAUGCAGUGUGCUGUUACAACUCCCCCGCCGUCAUACUACCCAUAUCCGAACCUUAGUGUGGAAAAUGCCUGAUGAAAGCUUUGGGGCCCUCACAGAUGCACAAGUCAAGUGCUGAUUCUAUCACUCAUCUACCAGCUCUGUGACCUUGAACAAGCUGCUUAACCUUGCUGAGCCUCUGUUUUCUCAUAUGUAAAAUGAUGAUAAUAAUGCCUACCUCCCCAGGUUGUUGUAAGAAUUAUAAGCACAAAUGUAUGUAAAGUGCCUGGCACAAAGUGGGUGCUCAAU